AUGGAUAAUUCGACCUCUGGAAAAGCCCCGAGCGCUGCAAAAGAUGCCGGCCGUCCGAUUAAGCGGCGCAAAGUAGCUGUGGCUUGCGAUGAAUGCCGUGUUCGGAAGAUCCGGUGCGACGGCGCACAACCCGUGUGUGGACCCUGUACGAGAAAAGCAGAUCCGAGUGUACAAUGUAUAUACACUGGAAAGCAAAAGCUUGCUGUACAAAGCUACAUUGCUACCUUGGAGAGUCGCCUCAAGCUUCUAUCAAAUCCGCGGCAUACUCCGGCAAAGGCACCAACAAGUGUGGAACAUGAGAGCUCAGGCCAUGUUCAAGAGUCUACCUUGUCAUAUAGCCCGGUGUCUUCGUUUGACGCUCCUGUACCAACUCAGUUCACCCCAUCAUCAUCAGUCUCGGAGAAUCGUCAUCGGUUAGCAAGUUGUAUCCCCACAAAUACCAAUGCAGUCGGCGGCUCCCCGUCAGCGAGUGUUUGUCGAAGCCCUUCUGGAAGAACUGCUGGUUACAUAUCCGGGCAGGCCCAGACGCGUCAACGAGCGGACGGUGUGAAUGCAAUGAUGGGUGCGGUCGAAGAAGAACGCCCGACGCAGGGCUUCUUUGGCAGCUCUAGUGCUGCUAGCUUCAUGCAUCAGAUUAAGAUGGCCGUCGACAGAAGAGUCACCUCACCCCACCGGCGAACAUCAGACACCAUUCUAGGAGUGUCCCAUGCUCCAGGUCUCAUGAGUACGAGAUCGGAGAAACCUUCUAGCAUUCAGAGCUAUGUCCUGCCACCGAGAAAGACGGCAGAUAGUCUGAUGGGAGUUUAUUGGUCUUUCGUCUUUCCCCUCUACCCGCUUGUUGAUGGUAUCCGGUUGCGGGCUGAAUAUGAGAAGGUCUGGACGGGCGAACCGCUCGAAAGCGACGAAUCUAUGCUCAUGUGUACAUUCAACGUCAUAUUUGCUUUGGCCUGCCAGCUGGCUGACUUCAUCCUCCCUGAGGAGCGAGAGGCAUCUGCAGACGCAUUCUUUUCACGCGCGAAGGAUCUUCUCCAGUUCAACCUGUGGGAUACAGGGUCCGCUGCCCUAAUUCAAUGUCUACUUUUAAUGGCACAGUACCUACAAAGCACUGAUUCGGCCCACCAAUGUUGGAUAGUUACGGGUCUGGCCAUACGGAAUGCCCAAAGCUUAGGUUUGCAUCUUCCGCAGACUAUUGCCCGACUCCCGAGCCCACAGGAGCAGCAGCUGGCUCGCAAAAUAUGGCACGGAUGUGUGCUCAUGGAUAGAGUCAUCUCCAUGACAUUCGGACGACCCGCAAUGAUAUCGAAAGCAUCCUGUGAAUCGGUACCCUUGCCGGCCACAGUGGAUGAGGAGUAUAUUCCGACAGCUUCAGGGAUCGAAGCUACACAGCCAGCUGAUCAGCCAUCCGUGAUGGCAUUCUAUGCCAAAUCGCUCGAGUUGUAUGAAAUCAUGAACGAUAUCUUAUUGAGCCUAUACAAAACUGUUCCAGAAGAGAGUCCAGAGGACAUGUAUGACUUGUAUUUCAACAAAGAAACUAACCAGGAUGUAUACACGGCUGCCACAGUCUUAAUAGCAGGCUACCUUUGUCCCGCAGUCCUGGACGAAGUGACCGAGGCUGGAAUUACGAGGUCUUGGAACUGUGCUCUGGAAAUUCUUCGGAAGUACCAGAGUUACAGCACAUCUGCACGGCGAUGUGUAGCGGCUCUAGAAAUCCUCUAUGAGAGGGUAGUGUCCGAACGGCCCCCAUCUCAUGAAACCUCCGCCAGUCAUCCGCAACAAACUACCGCGUCCAAUGCAGUCGAUGACAUGUCCCUUGGAGAGGGCAUGAAUGCUAUCUUUGUGGAAGGCUUUGAUUGGCUGGAUUUCCAAGACAUGUCAUGGUUAAACAGCGUGCCUAGUAACUUACACUAG